AAUGGCGGGCAAAGUUGAGUAUGAGUACAGAAGUACUUUUACACCACCGUAUUGGAAAUACCAAUAUUUUCUCAAUGGCAUAACGGCCAGCAAAGAACUCGAACUCCGUUUCGAUACAUUUCCACCAACACAUUGCUUUGAACAAGACGAUAAUUGUCUGCAGGAUCCGUUACAAGUAAAAGAUUUUUUAACUGGGUCCAAAUUCACAGCAUAUUGGGCUGGGUGGACUGAUUUGGAUUCCGGUAUAGACGAAUACGAAUUUAAUAUCUAUUAUUUAGAAAACUCACUGGACGAUAAUCUUCUUAGACAUAAAUACAUGUUAACGCCAACGAGGUUAUUAUCAUCUCGGUCUUCUGCAACUCUGGACCUAGACGAACCGGGACCGUAUUCAAUAGAGAUUAUUGUAUAUGACCGUGCUAAGAAUUAUAAAGUUUCUAGAAGAAUCAUUCUUUAUGACAAUGCGUCAGUUGUUAAUCUACACGGUGAACCGUCAAGCAUUGUUCAAGCUGAUGAUUCCGGAUGGAUAAAUAAACAUAGCGAAAAUAUCGAAAUUGUAUGGCCAAAUAGAUUCCGGAAUAUAAGACAUUACAACGGUGGAUGGCUUAAUGGAGUACAAAAAAAUGAUGACGUUAUUAAAGAUCUUGAUGACAUAGAAGGAAGAUCAAGUAGAACAGUUGACAGACUGAAUAACGUUAACGGAAUUGUUCGGUUUGAUGUUGCACGCAAUGUUGAGUUUGAUGGUAAAUCAACCUAUGAUGGAUUCGAGCGAGUGCCUGAAGAGUUCUUCAAACUAGAAAAGAUGGUUUAUACUGAUGAGGAAUUUGUGGAUGGAAAGAAGCUUACGUAUAUCAUUCGUGCCACAGAUGCAUUUGGAAAAUUUGCCGAGGAUAACGUAACAGCUAUGAUAGAUCUAUCUCCACCAAUAAUAAAAAAAAUAUGGCUAUCAAAUGGCAAUGCUAAAGCGAACAGCUUCUUUGGACUUCAUGAAUUACUAAUUGACUGGAAGGCAUUUGAUUACCACAGUGGAAUACACAAGCUUUCCUGGAAAAUAUUUGAAAAUAUUACCAAAACUGACAUCACCUUUGGAGAGAUUAAUGAGCCACCAAUAGGGGAAACAAAGACAAUAGACGAGUGCAAGAUCACAGACACUGUACAUACACGAGGAAGAAUUUGUUACUGCUCGCCGUAUAACGGAUGCUAUCAUAAGCAUUUUCAGGUCAAACCACUAAUAUCGGAAGACAACAAAAAUGAUCUUAUCAGUGGAUGGAAAUCUGGAGACUUUGAAUAUUUCUUAGAGGUGACUGCUAUCAACAACGCUGGUUUAACAACCACAAGACAGAAAAAAGUUAAACUAUAAAAUAUGUAUCGUGGACAUCUUGGGUUUUGGCAAAAUUGAACUCAAGUGUAUUAAAUGUUUUCUGUAAAUGAGAACUUUCUACAAUGUAAUAUAGUGUAUCCAGUUUUAAAGCUAUAUUUUGGUGUCUACACUUUUCUCCUUUUUAAUACAUAAAAAGGGUUGUAAAACCUGUGGUUGAAGUGUCAUGAAAUAAUUUCAUCAUAGUUACUAGUAUUCUGAAAAUGUUGUAUGUGUCAUGUUAUAAAUAUACGUACAGACUCUUUUUCAAUUGAAUCAUAAUUUUAAUAAUUAUUUUAAUUCCUUCUAAUUCAUUUUUUUAAUUUUGCUGUAAUCGGACAUUUUUGUCUCGUUUAUUUAUUAUUAUCAUUUUUAUAUUGGGCUUUUGUUUCUAUUACUUUAAAACAAAGCAUCUCAGUUAAAUGGGAUAGUUCUACAUUGGGCACAUAAGUUUUUCAAACAAAUACUGAUAAUGAUCAUUUAAACCGUUAUUCGCACAAAUUUGCUAUUUUGUUUAUUCCUUCUUGCUCAGAUUCUAUACCCACAAAUGCGCUUAUAAACAAAGGUUUAAAUUUUCAGCACAAAGUCAAUCGUAUCCCUCUGUUUCAUGUUUUGAUUUUUGCUUGUCAGUUAUACAAGAUUAAUAGAACGUUAAGAAGAAACAUAUAUAUCAUUUCAAACAAAGAUAUAUAAAUAGUCAAUCAAGGACAAUAUUUUUAAUAAUUAGAUUACAUUGUUGCACCCUGAUACCGGAAAACAGCAUAUUUUGAAUUAUCGAAUAUGCAUACUUUCCUUUAUUCGUACAAAGUAAUGAGAGGUCGGUAGUUUGUUAAAGACCAUAAUGAUUUCUAUUGGUGGGAGAAGUGAUAAUUGUUUCCAUAAAAAGUUUGAAGGUUUAUGAAAUUCUUGACUAACAUACUUGUAUUUAUUCAACAUUUCAUAUAUUUUUAAUACAUUGCAGCCUAAAAUAAAUAACCUGCGCAACGCAAAAAUCAUACCACAGCCUUCAUCAUGUUAAAUUUGACAUUCUAAUGAAAUUAUUUAUAUAUUUUAUUCAAACUCAUCAUGUUAUUUUUUAAUUGAAAAGCCUUAUUAUAUAUUCUAAAUUACAUACUUAUAUUAAUAAACGCAUUU